GCUUAGAUGAUUGAUUUCAUGUCUUUUGUUUUUGCCAAUAUAUGCAUCCCAUGUGAUGGAUUUCUAAGCACUUUUCAGUGUAUCCCACAAACUUUGGCUUUGACAACCAGCAAGAACUUAACAACUUUGUGAGUGAAGAAGGGUCAUUGUUCCCUAAGGCACUUCAAGAUCAGAAGAUUUCAAGUUGGAGUGUUUUCAGGUCAUAUAUGAAAAUGCUGCUGAUUUUGUUCCUUAUAACAAUUUGUUUCCAUGUUUCUGUGAACCAAGAUUCUGGCCCUGAGUACGCGGAUGUGGUGUUUCUGGUGGACAGCUCGGAUCAUCUGGGAACCAAGUACUUUCCGCUGGUGAAAACAUUCCUCAACAGAAUGAUCAGCAGUCUCCCCAUAGAGCCCACCAAGUACCGCGUGGCCCUGGCCCAGUACAGUGACGCGCUCCACAGCGAGUUCCACCUCAGCGCCUUCAGGAGCAGGAACCCCAUGCUGAGCCACCUCAAGAAGAACUUCGCGUUCAUCGGCGGGCCCCUGAAGCUAGGCAAGGCUCUUCGGGAGGCCCACAAGACCUAUUUCUCUGCACCCACAAACGGAAGGGACAAGAAGCAGUUUCCCCCCGUGUUGGUGGUCCUGGCUUCAGGCAAGUCUGAGGACGAUGUGGAAGCGGCUGCGCAGGCCCUGCGGAAAGACGGAGUGAAAAUCAUCUCGGUGGGGCUGCAGGAGGCCUCCGAGGAGAGCCUGAAGGCCGUGGCCACGUCUCAGUUUCAUUUCAACCUUCGGACGGCCAGAGACCUCAGCACGUUUUCCCAGAACAUGACGCAGAUCAUCAAGGAUGUAACCAAGUACCAGGAAGGGACAGUCAAUGAUAUCCGCGUAGAAGGUUGCCAAGGCCCCUCUGUGGCCGAUCUCGUGUUCCUGUUGGAUGUAUCAGUCAAUGGCAGCCAGGAGAACCUUGACUACCUUAAAGCAUUCCUGGAUGAAAGUGUAUCUGCCCUUGACAUAAAGGAGAGCUGCAUGAGGGUUGGUCUUGUGGUCUACAGCAAUGAGACCAGAGUGAUCAGUUCCCUGAGUGUGGGCAUCAACAAGUCGGAGGUGCUGCAGCAGAUCGAGAGCCUCUCGCCCCAGGUCAGGUGGCCCUACACUGGUGCUGCCAUCAAGAAGGUCUGGAAGGAAGUCUUCAGCCAGCAGCGAGGCAGUCGGAAGAAUCAGGGGGUGCCCCAGAUUGCGGUGCUGGUGGCCCAUAGAACUUUGGAAGACAAUGUGACAAAGGCAGCUGCCAACCUCAGGCGCCAAGGAGUGACUGUCUUCACUGUGGGCCUAGAGGAGGCCAGCAGAGCCCAGCUGGAGAAGAUUGCGUCCCACCCCGCUGAGCAGUACGUCUCCAUGCUGAGCUCCUUCUCUGAGCUGCCUGCCCACAACCAGACCUUUCUGAAGAAGCUGCGGAACCAGAUCACACACACUGUCUCGGUCUUGGCAGAGCGGACAGAAACCCUCAAGUCUGGUUGUGUGGACACUGAGGAAGCUGACAUCUAUCUCCUCAUUGAUGGCUCUGGGAGCACCCAGCCCACAGACUUCCACGAAAUGAAGAGCUUCCUGUCAGAGGUGGUGGGCAUGUUUAACAUUGCCCCACAUAAAGUGCGGGUUGGGGCCGUUCAGUAUGCAGACAGCUGGGACUUGGAGUUUGAGAUCAAUAAGUACUCCAACAAGCACGAUUUGGGAAAGGCCAUUGAGAACAUCAGGCAGAUGGGUGGGAACACAAACACAGGCGCAGCCCUGAAUUUCACACUAGGACUGCUGCAGAGAGCAAAGAAGCAGCGUGGAAACAAAGUGCGGUGUCACCUUGUUGUCCUGACAAAUGGAGCGUCCAGGGAUAGCGUCUUGGAGCCUGCAUACAGACUUCAGCAGGAGAACAUCCGUGUGUAUGCUAUUGGGGUUAAGGAGGCCAACCACACGCAGCUGCGAGAAAUUGCUGGCGAGGACAAGAGAGCAUAUUAUGUGCAUGACUUUGACGCCUUGAAGGACAUAAGAAACCAAGUUGUUCAAGAAAUCUGUACUGAAGAAGCCUGCAAGGACAUGAAAGCUGACAUCAUGUUUCUGGUGGACAGUUCUGGCAGUAUAGGACCUGAAAACUUCAGUAAAAUGAAAGCAUUUAUGAAAAACUUGGUGAGCAAAUCUCAGAUUGGGGCAAAUCAGGUGCAAAUUGGUGUCGUCCAGUUCAGUGAUGUCAACAAGGAAGAGUUUCCACUCGACAGAUUCAUGUCCCAAGAUGACAUUUCAAAUGCCAUAGAUCAAAUGGCUCACAUUGGGGAAACCACCUUGACGGGCAGUGCCCUGACCUUUGUGUCUCAGUACUUCAGCCCUACCAAGGGGGCCAGGCCCAAUGUCAGGAAGUUUCUCAUCCUCAUCACAGACGGCGAAGCUCAGGACGUAGUGAAGGGUCCAGCAGAUGCACUUCGGCAGCAAGGCAUAAUUAUUUACUCUGUGGGUGUAUUUGGCUCCAAUGUCACCCAGCUUGAGGAGAUCAGUGGGAAGCCAGAGAUGGUUUUCUAUGUUGAGAAUUUCGAUAUUCUGCAGCAUAUUGAAGAUGAUCUUGUUUUUGGAAUAUGCAGUCCCCGUGAAGAAUGCAAGCGGAUUGAAGUUUUGGAUGUUGUAUUUGUAAUCGACAGCUCUGGCAGCAUUGACCAUGAUGAAUAUAAUAUCAUGAAGGACUUCAUGAUUGGCUUAGUGAAGAAAGCUGAUGUGGGCAAGAAUCAGGUCCGGUUUGGUGCUCUGAAGUAUGCCGAUGACCCAGAGGUGCUGUUUUAUCUGGAUGACCUUGGUACAAAACUGGAGGUGAUCUCAGUGCUCCAGGGUGACCAGCCCAUGGGGGGCAACACUUACACUGCAGAGGCUCUGGCCUUUGCGGACCACAUGUUCACGGAGGCCCGGGGCAGCCGCCUGCACAAGGGAGUCCCCCAGGUCCUCAUCGUGAUCACUGAUGGGGAAUCCCACGAUGCUGACAAACUCAAUGCCACUGCCCAGGCCUUGCGGGAAAAAGGCAUUCUCAUCCUGGCUGUGGGGAUUGCGGGUGCCAAUCCCGUGGAGCUGUUGGCCAUGGCAGGGUCCAGUGACAAGUACUACUUUGUGGAGACUUUUGGAGGCCUGAAAGGGAUAUUUUCAGAUGUGUCAGCCAGUGUCUGUAACUCUUCAAAAGUGGAUUGUGAUAUUGAAAAAGUAGAUCUUGUUUUCCUCAUGGAUGGUUCAAAUAGCAUUCAUCCAAAUGACUUCAAGAAGAUGAAGGACUUUUUGGCAUCUGUUGUUCAAGACUUUGAUGUCAGUCUCAAGAGAGUGCGCAUAGGAGCCGCCCAGUUUAGUGACACCUACCGGCCAGAGUUUUCCUUGGGGACUUUCGUGGGAGAGAAGGAGAUAUCACUUCAGAUUGAAAACAUCCAACAGAUCUUUGGGUACACACACCUCGGUGCUGCACUCCAGAAGGUGAGCCAUUACUUCCGGCCAGACAUGGGCAGCAGGAUAAAUGUGGGCACCCCCCAGGUGCUGCUGGUCCUCACGGAUGGCCGCUCCCAAGAUGAGGUGGCUCAGGCAGCUGAAGAGCUGAGACACAAAGGUGUGGACAUCUACUCAGUGGGCAUCGGGGAUGUGGAUGACCAACAGCUCAUCCAGAUCACAGGGACUGCAGAUAAAAAACUCACCGUUGAUAACUUUGAUGAGCUGAAAAAGGUCAAGAAAAGGCUUAUUCGCCACAUCUGUUCCUCAGGGGGUGAGAGCAAUUGCUUUGUGGAUGUUGUAGUUGGAUUUGAUAUCUCAACUCAGCUGAAAGGGCAGACUUUGCUCACAGGCCAGCCAUGGAUGAGAACCUACCUUAAAGACAUCUUACGGGCCAUCAGCUCCCUGAAUGGGGUGAGCUGCGAGGUGGGCACUGAGACUCAGGUCAGCGUGGCUUUUCAAGUGACAAAUGCCAUGGGAAAAUACUCCCCCAAGUUUGAGAUCUACAGUGAAAACAUUCUGGACAGCUUGAAGGGUGUGAGUGUUAAAGGCCCUUCUCUCCUGGAUGUGAAUCUCCUGAGCUCCCUGUGGGGUGCCUUUCAGAAUAAGUCAGCUGCUCGAGGAAAGGUGGCCCUUUUAUUUUCAGAUGGAUUGGAUGAUGAUAUUGAAAAGCUUGAACAAAAAUCUGAUGAACUUAGGAAAGAAGGCCUGAAUGCCCUCAUCACCGUGGCUCUCGACGGAGCUGCCCAUUCUGGUGACCUGGCUGAUCUCCUCUACAUUGAAUUUGGGAAAGGAUUUGAGUACAGGACACAGUUCACUAUCGGCAUGAGGGACCUUGGGACUCAGCUGUCGAAACAGCUGAUCAACAUCGCCGAGAGGACAUGCUGCUGUUUGUUCUGCAAGUGCAUCGGAGGGGAUGGCACCGCGGGAUAUCCUGGAUCACCAGGGAAGAAGGGACCCACAGGCAUUAAGGGCAGCGAAGGACACCUGGGGGAGGAAGGCAUUGCUGGUGAGCGAGGAGCCCCUGGACCAGUGGGAGAGCAAGGCACUAAGGGAUGCCAUGGCACCAAAGGUCCCAAGGGAAACAGAGGACUAAAUGGAGAAGAGGGAGAAAUUGGGGAACGUGGAAUCCAUGGAUUAAAUGGAGAACAGGGUGACCGUGGUCUUCCUGGAAGAAAAGGUGAAAAGGGCGAUGAAGGAUCCCAGGGAAUCCCUGGAAAGAGAGGGAGCAAAGGUGACCAUGGAGCAAAGGGUCUGAGGGGAGAUCCGGGGAUUCCUGGAUUUGGCAAUAGCAUACAAGGACCUAAGGGCUUGAACGGAGAACAUGGAAGACAGGGCAGAAGAGGCUGGCCGGGCCCCCCUGGGACCCCAGGCUCCAGGAGAAAGACAACAGCUCGUGGCAGAAGAGGACACACAGGCCCGCAGGGCCCAAGAGGAGAAGUUGGUGAAAAAGGAGAAAAAGGAAGUCUGGGAAUUAAAGGUCCCCAGGGGCAUCCAGGACCUGGAGGAGAGGUGGGGAAUCAAGGCCAUUUGGGAAGCCAAGGAAAUAAAGGAGAACCUGGAGAUCCGGGAGAAAAAGGAGCUGUUGGUUUUCCUGGUCCUCGAGGCUUGCCGGGUGAUGAUGGCAGUCCGGGUUAUGGGAUCAUGGGACAGAAAGGAGCAAAGGGGCAAGAAGGAUUUCCUGGAGAAAGUGGACCUAAGGGUGAGACUGGAGACCCCGGUGACCCAGGAGAGAAGGGACAAAAGGGAACUAUAGGCAGAAUGAUAUCUGCUGGACUUCUGGGAGAGCUGGGAUCCCCCGGGGAGCCAGGACCUCCUGGACGGAAGGGUGUGAAAGGGGCCAAAGGAUUGGCUUCCUUUUCUACCUGUGAGCUCCUUCAGUACGUGCGGGACCACAGUCCUGGUAAACACGGAAAACUUGAAUGCCCAGUGCAUCCAACAGAGCUAGUGUUUGCCUUGGACCAGUCCCGGGAUGUCACAGAGCAGGACUUUGAGCGGAUGAAGGAAACGGUGGCUUCGCUGGUGAGAGGCAUGAAGGUCCGGGAGAGAGGCUGCCCCAUGGGAGCGCGUGUCGCCGUCCUCACCUAUGGCUCCCACACCAGGCACCUGGUGCGCUUCUCUGACACAUACAGGAAAGACCAGCUGCUCAGGGAAAUUGCAGCAAUUCCUUAUGAAAAAUCCCUGGACAGCAGGGAGACCGGCAAAGCUAUGAGAUUCAUUUCCAGGAACGUCUUCAAGCGAACACUUCCUGGGGCCCACAGCAGGAGAAUUGCCACAUUUUUCACCAGCAGCCAGCCAGCCGAUGUUCAGUCUAUCACCACGGCCACUAUGGAGUUCGGGGCCCUGGACAUCACACCGGUGGUGAUCGCCUUCAGCAAUGUGCCCUCCAUCAGGCGGGCUUUCUCGGCAUAUACUGGAAGGUAUUUUGGCUGUCAUUUCCUACAAUUAAAACCCCACAAAAAGGAGCAAAUGGGCAGCCUGCUGUCCCAGAUUUUGGAAACUGCCUGGUACACAGAUAUAUGCAGGCCAGAUUUGUUUUGUGAACAAGCCAGACCACCUACUACACAGUCUUACAUGGAUGCCGUGUUCCUGCUGGAUGGCUCCCGGAAUGUGGGAAGUGCUGAAUUUGAAGACCUAAGAGGCUUCCUUGGGGCACUGUUGGAACACUUUGAAAUCACCCCAGAGCCUAAGACCUCUUUCACUGGUGACCGCGUAGCCCUACUGACACAUGCUCCCCCUGACUUCCUUCCCAACACCCGCAGGAGCCCAGUUAGAACUGAGUUCAACCUCACCACCUACAGCAGCAAGCGCCUCAUGAAGCGCCAUGUGGAACAAUCAGUUCAACAACUGAAUGGAGAUGCUUUUGUUGGUCAUGCCUUGCGGUGGACUCUGGACAAUAUCUUCUUAAGCACACCCAAUCUGAGAAAAAACAAGGUUAUAUUUGUGAUAUCCGGUGGGGAAACCAGUUACUUAGAUGGAGAAACCCUAAGGCAAGAGUCCUUGCGAGCCAAAUGUCAGGGCUAUGCUCUGUUUGUGCUUUCCCUCGGCCCUGCUUGGAAUGACAAGGAACUGGAAGAUCUAGCCAGCCAUCCUUUGGACUACCACUUGAUCCAGCUUGGGCGAAUUCAUAAACCUGACCACAGAUAUGGUGUGAAGUUUGUAAAGUCCUUUAUAAACUCAGUCAGGCGUGCAAUCAACAAAUAUCCACCGGUGAACUCCAAGGCGAAGUGCAGUAAGCUCAGCCCCACAGCCUCAAAGCAGCCCCCACGCCAGUUCCGAAGCUUUGUUCCUGGACCAUAUAAAACUGCCCUCAAAGAUGCACUACAGGAAGGGAAACUCUUUCAAGAUAAAAAAUAUCUUUCAAGAGUAGAACGAGGCAGCAGAGAUGAAGCUCUUCGAAGUUUUCCUGGAGGCAUCUACCUUACCUUGAAAAACGGAAGAAGAGUGAUAAAAACUAUUCCUAAACAAAAUAGAAGUGCUCGAACAACUGAGCCCUAGGAAACAUGGUAAUGCUGACUUAAAUAAUAACCAAUUCCACUCCACAACUGAGCAAAUUUUAUUUGGGUAGCUGCCUUGUAUCUGGAGGUACACUCUGGAGGGAUGAACAAGCCACAGGCUGUACAUGAUCAAGUAACUUAAAACAGUGUCUAUUUGACAACUACGAACACUAAGUCUAAUGGAGAUACAAUUUGAAAGUGAAUUUUACCUAAGUAUGUACAUGUGUAUACACGGGCCAGUGGUAAUACUUUCAGUUGCAGGUAUCUGUUCAGUCCAUUUUCUUCAAUGUUAAGCCUUCUCAAUUUAGUACUGUUUAAAUCUCACCUAUUUAACCAAAGGGAUUCAAUAUUUAGGCUAGAAAUCGAUGCUGUUUGUGUGUCAUGUUUUUGGAUAUUGUGAUUUUUUUGUGAUUAUUCCACUUAAACAUAACACUGCCUAUGGACUGAGUAGUCCUUGCGUGGGCUUGUGCUAGGAAUCUCCCGCUCACCUAUAGCAGUGUUUGCUUGGACUGGUGAGCAGCAAAUGGUAAUUUUCUUCAACUCUAAAUCCUCCUAAACUGAUCAAGAAACGUAAGUGAUUGCUUUGGAGCUGGAAGUUCUAUCUCCAUUAUAGAAUUUCCUGCCAAGCCAUUUUGAUGGAUUUCCAGUUGCCCUUCCCUGUUAUGGUCGCUUGCUUUCACCAAUCUGUAUAUUAUUCAGAUAAGAAAAGGAAAAAGAAAAACUUAGGAGAGAGAUUCCAUGUUGCUUUUACCCGUUAAGUGGAUACUGAGUCAACAAUGAGCAGCACCACUACAGGGUGGAGAAAGCCUUUUACAGAUGCUGAGUUUGGCAAAGGCAAAAAAACCUUUAACGUUUUAAUCCACGAAUCCAUAUGGGCUGGAGAAAUGUGAAAUCAGUUAGAGCAGGAAAUGCCUAGCCUCUAGUUGCAGUCUGACAGCUCUGAUGCCUCCUCUCCAUCCAAUUUUCACUCUUACAAUGGGGCUGAUACUUGUAACAACUAAAUGCUUUUAAACACAAUAUUGAGUCCUUACCUCAGCCUAAGACUGUCCUUGUCUUCAGAAAGGAGGGGAAGCCCUACAUAGAUGUACGGGGCAGGAGGUUAAAGACACAAAAGCCCAGUAGGCUGCAUUCAGAUUUUCUUUUCUAUACCUCUUUUCAUAAAGCCCGAAAGGAAGAACUACAUGAAAGUAUUUCUUUCUGUAAACCACUUCUGCAAUCCCUACUUGGAGAACUCCACAGAGAGCGCUCCCGAUGUCUUCAAAGGUGAGAAAUCCAGGGAGUUCAAUAUCAUACUCAGGUACAGAAGAAAAAGCACAUCAGGUUUCUUCAUCUGUCCUAAAUGGUGCUUAGGGGGUCAGAGAUACUUCCGUUUCAAGUAUAGGAAGUUGAUGAGCAACACGUAAGAGCUAUUUUAGUAACAAGAAUUAUUCUAACUAACUUUGAAUUAAGCACAAACAUCUUUCUUAUGUCUAUUGUUGGAACUAUUUUGAAAAUGUAUUUGUUUAUUUUUUUGUGUGUUGGUAAGUAAAGCAAACCAAACAAAUAUUCCCUUGGUGACUAAGAUUAUUUUAGUAUUUGGGGUCAUAUCUAAUCAUUAUUUGGUUAGGGGCCUGAAGUCAUGCUGUGAACAGAAGAUUCUUUUUAAAAACAAAUCCCUGUGUAUCAUGUUGCAUGAUUUUUCUUUCUACUAAAAGUGGAAAACAGCAAAAAUUAACUUGAACGUGAAUUUAACGAACUUAUAUUAUAUAACAAAAUCAAAAUAAAAAGGUCCACUUCCUGACUUAAAAAUGUAGUCACUGCCUGGCAUGGACCUGCCUCUCAUUAUCUCUACCUUGAGC